AUGCCUCCUACAAUUCUUGUCGCUGGCGCCACUGGCAACACCGGCCGUGGCGUUGUUGAAACCUUAUCGGACCUUCUGAAAACCUCAACCAACUUCUCCCGACACAGGAUUCUUGCCCUUACACGCUCCUCCUCCGGAACUGUGGCAAAACAGCUUGCUGAACUACCCAGCGUCGAAGUGGUGGAAAAAGAUUGGGCAGACAUCACCCCCGAGUGGCUCCAGCAGAACAACGUCGUGAGAGCUUUCAUUGCUUCACACGUGCACCCUGGUCAAUUCGCCGAAGAGUCGGCGUUUCACCUAGCCGCGUUGACAGCAGGCGUUGAAUAUGUUGUCCGAAUCUCGACAACUGCCGCGAACGUGCGUCCGGACUGCCCUGCAUUUUAUCCAAGGGCACAUUGGGCGCUUGAGACCCUGCUGGGCUCGCCUGAGUUCCAAGGUCUCCGGUGGACCUCGCUGCAGCCCAAUGUUUUUACGCAGAUGUACCUCUACCCUGCUGCGGAGUUGAUCAAGAAUUUCCGCAAGACUGGCAGGCAGGACACUCUGAGGCUCAUGGCUUCCGAAAACGCGCCCGUUGCCAGCAUUGAUCCGUACGAGGUCGGAAUUCUCGCAGCUCGACUUCUGACUCAGGUUGAUGUUACGCCUCAUCACGGAGCGAAAUACGUCUUGAACGGACCAGAAGAUAUUACCGGGCGGCAGAUCGUAACAAUGGUUGAGCAGUGCAUUGGAACAAAACUUGAAGAUGUUCGAUUUCAGGAUUUGUCUUUCAUCGACCAACAGGCAGCGCAGGCUCAAGAGUCAAAGAGUGUCAUUCUCUCAAUCAAACGUGCUCUGGAAACAGCUUGGGAAGGGAAGUGCACGGCUUCUACGACAAGCAAAGAGGUCUUUCAGAUUUUUGCUCCGAAACGUGCGCCUGACGAAAUUUUCAAGGACAUGCUAGAGGACUAG